AUGCAAAGUUUCGAUGAAGCAGCAGCCAAGGCUCUUGGAGAUCGACUGCCGUUUCGCGUCUUUCUCUAUCCACUUGCCCGAGAUUUUGCUCCUGAUUACGAGCAAUCAGUCGCGUCCUUCAUCCAAGGGCAGAUUACAGACAUAUUCCAAUCUGCAGCCACAGAAAGCCCGCUUAUCAAACUACUUGCUGUGGAGAUAUGGGGGAAACGCGUGUUAAUCGUCUUCGAUGUGAACCACCAAAACUAUGACUGGCAAACAGCGCAUGACAUCUCCAAGAAUAAUCCUCCUAUUUUCCGAUUUAAGCUGGGCAAAGAUAAAAAUAACGCGUUAAUUACUAGAGACAAAGCUCUUGAUUACCGAGUGAACUUUACUAUCGCAGAUCUUCACAAACGCAAUGGCUAUAGUGCUCAUCCACCUUACGUGGCAGAUCGCUCUCGAGGGGCAGCCCCACUACAUUACAACGACCCUCGUAAGAAUUACCGUGGGCAAGCACACGAUCAUUACAACUUGGGUCAAGCCAGUCAUAUGGACAGCCGUCAACCAGAUCACGUAGCCUCAGAAUAUAUCGCAAACUGGUCAAAGUCAACAUGUAGCUAA